UCUGCAACAUGGUCAACGACGACGAAGAACGUCCUGAUCACAACGUAUCCGAAGCCGGUGCAAAUCACCGAUAUAAUUCAACUUAUACCAUUGGUGGAGCAUUUGCAUGUAGUAUUUUUAAUAGAAAUAGAAGGUAUAAAGCGUAGUAAGCUCGAGCUUCGGCUCAGUCCAGAAACAGAUCUCCAAUCAGCAUCGUCAUCGCUUAUUGACGAGGAAUAAAAAAAUAAAAGUCGAGAAAAACGCUCGAGCAACUGAACAUGUCGCAAAAAUCAUCGGAAGGCGACGUAUCUGCGGAAGGAGCUACAUCACGAGCAUACAAGAUACUUCAAAAUGAUCAAGUUGGUAGGUACAUGGUUGCGAGUAGAGAAUUGCAGGUCGGCGAGGAAAUCGUGACGGAAAUGCCCUUCGUCAUCGGACCUAAGUCAUGCACUUAUCCCUUGUGUCUCUCUUGCUACACACCUUGGCCGCCUAGUCCGGAUAACAAACCGCUCUGCUCCAAGUGCAAAUGGCCCGUUUGCAAUCAAGAAUGCGAGAAUUCUCCGCAGCAUAAAGAUUAUGAGUGCCCAGUGUUUAUGCAGGCGGAUGAAAAGUUCAACGUGGACGCCGCACUAUUGGAUGGGAACGAUGGUGUUCCGCAAUUAGAGUGUAUAACACCGUUAAGAUUCCUAUUGGAGUCGGAAAGGAAUGUCGACAAGUGGAACGAAGAAGUAAAGGAUAUGGAGGCGCAUAAUAAGAUAAGGUGUGAAAAAACGCAGUGGAAGUCAGAUCGCAUUAACAUCGUGGAUUAUUUGAGGAACCGACUCAAGCUCGAUAGAUUUUCGGAAGAACGCAUACAAACAGCGUGCGGAAUUUUGGACAUUAACACCUUUGAAGUCCGAACGGCGAAGGGAUACAGCGCCCGAGGUCUUUAUCCAAGUGUAGCUAUGAUGAAUCACUCGUGCGUCUCAAACACGUCUCACAGUAUAUCACCGAUCGAUUAUAGGAUACGACUGCGUACCACGCUUAAGGUUUCUACGGGUGGUGAACUUUACGGAAGUUACACGCACUCAUUACUCCCGACAUUGCUGCGGAGGGAACACUUACUCCAAGUCAAAUAUUUUGCAUGCGCGUGCCUGCGAUGUUCGGAUCCCACAGAAUUAGGCACCCACAUGUCCUCUCUUAAAUGCAACAAAUGUGACAACGGAAUUAUCCUGCCAUUGGAUUCUCUAGAUUCGGAAAGUACGUGGAACUGUACACAUUGCGAGUUUUCAACAAACGGACAAGCGGUGCGAAAAGUUUUUCGAAUUAUUCAAGCAGAAGUAGACGCCGCUGAAGCUAUCAGUGGAGCUGACGGAGCCGAUGCGAUUCAUGAAAGAGAGACUGAUGAAAAAUAUCGAUCAGUUUUACAUCCUCGUCACGCCUUUCUUACGAUGUUAAGGCAUUCAUUGACUCAAAUGUACGGCCGAGUUGAGGAAUAUUUGCUGGACGAUUUGCCGAAUGUUGUACUAGAGCACAAAGUUGACUUGUGUCGUUUAUUGCUUCAAGUAUUGGACGUUGUGGAGCCUGGAUACACACGCGUAAGAGGCAUGACGUUAUACGAGUUGCACGCGCCUUUACUUUUCCUAGCGAAAGGGCAAUGGAAUGCUGGUGUCAUUGACGAGGCCACACUAAAAUCGAAAAUGACUGAAGCCGCGACUAUUUUAAAGGAAGCUGCCGCAAUAUUAACUUUGGAGCUACCGGAGACGGCUGAAGGACAAAUAGGACUCGUCGCAAAAGAAUCUCUUGUUCAGCUGAAACAGUCUAUAAAUAACUUAUAAAUGAAUUAUUCUAAAGAUUUCUUAUUUGUGUUGAGAUAUUAAUAAAUAUCUCGAUAUAAAUAUAUAUAUCGA